UAGCUCGCAGCUCACCGGCCACGCUCCCUCCUCCGCCCGCUGCUGCCGCAGCCCCCGGCCCGCUCCGGCUCUGUCUCUCUCUGCCUGUGCCCUCUGUUCCCAGCGCUGCGCUGCGCUUUCCCCGCCGGCCGCCCCCGCAGCCUAUGGCCCUGGAAGGCGCCGCUGCCGCCGCCUGUAUUUCUGCUGUAGGUUCCCACAUCCCUCUUUAAAAAUUCCGCCUAAAAAGAGAAGACGAUUUACCAAAUCUUUCGGGCCGUUAUCUCACGGCAAAAUCUCUGAUCAAGUUUACAACUAUCCAGAGGGCUUAGGAGAAGUGCUUUAUAGAGAGCAGUUCGACUUCAACGCUGAGCCACCUUGGGAACCUAGCUGAUGAUAGUAGGGUUCCAUCUCCUAACUUGUCCAUUUUGUUGCAUAAUUUAAGGACCCGGAUAUAAGGCUUGGAAGCCCAUCCCUUGUGUUUCUUGGUUUAUGACUGUCGGCUUUGUGGAAUACGGCUGAGAUGAAAGGAUUUCUUGAGGAUGCAAAUUAUUCCAUUGGUCUGUUGGAUGAAGGAGCAACUCUUGCAGAUGUUAUUGACAACUGUAUUUACGAACAUACUCAUCAAAUAAAUAGGUAAACUACUGGCAACAUGUCAUGUCUCCAACCACUGGCUGGCUCACAGAGGAUAGCUGCCUCCUGCUGCUUUCAUUUACUCCUUUAGCUCAAGGGGUAGAGGCCUGUGCCAUGGAUCUAAAGCUCCAGAUCCCAUUCCUGCUGGUGACCCGUACAGGGGGCUGGAAAAAAGGCAUUUUAUGUUGGUGACCUUGGAAAGCUUGUAAGGAAUAACAUACAAUGGCAGAAUGUGAUGGCACCCAUAAAGCCAUUUUAUCCCGUAAAAUGCAAUUCUACUCCAGGUGUACUCGAAAUUCUGGGAACCCUUGGUGUUGGUUUUGCAUGUUCCAGUAAAUCUGAAAUGGCAUUGGUGCAAGACCUGGGCAUUUCUCCUGAGAACAUCAUAUACACAAAUCCUUGCAAGCAAGCCUCUCAGAUCAAGUAUGCAGCAAAAGCUGGGAUAAACAUCAUGACUUGUGAUAAUGAUAUUGAGCUGAAGAAAAUUUCACGUAACCAUCCAAAUGCCAAGCUCUUACUGCACAUUGCCACAGAAGAUAUUACUGCUGGUGAGGAGAUGAAUAUGAAGUUUGGCACCACCCUGAAGAACUGUAGGCACCUCAUGGAAUGUGCUAAGGAGCUGGGAGUCCAAAUAGUUGGUGUCAAAUUUCAUGUUUCAGGCUCUUGCAAGGAUCUGCAAACGUACAUUCAUGCUAUAUCUGAUGCUCGAUGUGUGUUUGACAUGGCUGAAGAAUUUGGCUUUAAGAUGAAUAUGCUGGAUAUUGGUGGGGGCUUCACAGGCUCAGAACUUCAGCUGGAAGAGGUUAAUCAUGUCAUCAGGCCAUUGCUGGAUGUCUACUUUCCUAAGGAAUCUGGUGUUGAUGUGAUUGCAGAGCCUGGAUGUUACUAUGUUUCAUCUGCAUUUACACUGGCAGUGAAUGUCAUUGCAAAGAAGACUGUUGAGUAUGAUAAACUUCUUCCUUCUGGAGUGGAGCAAACCAGGAAUGAUGAUGAACCAGUAUUUACAUAUUACAUAAAUGAUGGUGUUUAUGGUUCUUUUGCAAGUAAAUUGUCUGAGAAACUGAAUACUAUCCCAGAGGUUCACAAGAAAUACAAGGAAGAUGAGCCUCUGUUUGCAAGCAGCCUUUGGGGUCCAUCCUGUGAUGAGCUUGAUCAAAUUGUGGAAAAGUGUCUUCUUCCCGAGUUGAGCGUUGGAGAUUGGCUGAUCUUUGACAAUAUGGGUUCUGGUACCUUAGGUGAACAGUCUACCUUUAACGACUAUCAGAAGCCACUGAUUUACUACAUGAUGUCUUUCAGUGACUGGGAUGAGAUGCAAGAUGCUGGGAUUGCUUCAGACACAUUGAUGAAGAACUUCUUCUUUGUGCCUUCGUGCAUUCAGCUGAGCCCGGAAGAACGCUUUUCCACUGCAGCUUAAACAGGCAUUAACGCUUCAUUUAGACCUGCAGUUGCAAGUCUGUAGUUUGUCUGGUCAACAUUCCAAUGUGGAAGAAAUGGAACAGUCUUGAAUUCAAUUCAUUCUCUUCAAAACUUGAAAAAAUAGUAAUAGUAAUGGGGACCAGGCAAAACAAGCUACAGCUAAAUUCAGUGGGGGGUGGGAGGGUUAGAUAAUGGUGUCCAAAUUUAAAAUCAAGUUCAUUCAACCCCUGAGCGUUAAAUAUGCAACAAAAUGGAUGACUUAGUGGAGAUGGAAACCCAUCACUUGGGUUCUUCAACAGUUUACAUACAAGUACACAGUUUUUAUACUAAGGAUUCCUGUUAGAAAAGUCUUGUAAAGUUAUUGUCUUUCGCCCAGAUAUAUCAAAUGUCAGUGGGAGACCAGUGUGACUUCAUUAGAUGUUUUAGUGUAUUUAGAAUGUGUAAAUUUGUGCUUUGAACUGUAGUUUAAUAAAUGUAAAAUUGCAUCAUAGUAUUUGUUGUAUUUGACCUGUGAUGUAUCCCUUGUAUGAUUGCAAUAAAACUUUGUGUAGAUUUUACUGUUUUUCAGGCUAACUUUGGGAGAAACUAGGCAGAUAGCUAUAAAAUAGAUGUAUAUGUGAUUGAUUUGAGAAACUUUCUUUUCCCAAGCCCACCAGUUCAGCUUUGUGUUAAACAGUAAAAAUUUUUUAAGUUUGUUCAAUCUGUAUGAAGUGAAAGUCAUGUAAGUUCCUGGAAGGCUAAAAGGCAAUUUGUGGUGUGUUUUUAGAGCAUGACCUUAGAUUCAGUUCUUCACACCAACCAGCUAACCUGCACUAGGCAUGGGUGUGCACAGAGAGGUUGUCCCAGCUCGUGUGCAUGCAGUGCCCUGAGGCAGCAUGGGUUAGUCCAAAUCUGCAUGUUGUCACAGAACCUUUGGCUCUUAUUUUAAUUGUGUUUAUUUGAAAAGGCUUAACUUUCAACUUCAGCUAGUUCUGUAUAGUGCUGACUCUAGGGGAGGGCUGCACUUUCUGUAAAACUACAGAAAUCUCAAAUGCUCUCUUGCACUGGACUUCAUUUAAAUGUAUCCAUAAUGUAAAGGUAAAUCAGACUGCUGCACAUACACGUGCAUUGAGUAAUGAACUGCCUGAACUGGUCAGAAUUUCUUUAUUGUGUUACUGCAGCCUCUUGAUUUCUUCAAGGUCCUUUGCUUACUUUCUCACUUUAACUUUCCCUACUUGAAAACUGGGGGAAGGAGGAGAAGGGGGUUUUAGGGUUUUGACAUGAUGCACCAUGGUCUGCAUCCUACAGACAAAAGGGACUUUUUAAAACCCUUUAGUUGGAGGAAAAAUUUAUACCCUUUGGCUGCAAGUGUAUUUUACAUGAGUGCCAGCUGGUAGGAGAUUUUAUUUUCUGACUCUCUAGAGCAAAGAUUUUAUGAAACUUUAUGAACUUGAAAGUAAAUUCUCAGUUUGGAUUUAUCAGAACAGUUUUACAGGCCAUUUAGGUGAUACAAAAUGGCUUAUGCUUUGGAGAUGCAGUCUAAGAAAUAAAUACUACUGUAAUUAAAUGUGCAGGUGGAAAGGGAGUAGAUGAGAGGGGAAAGUCUGUGUUUUGGUUUGGGUUCCUGGUUUUGUUUUUUUUAACUGAAGUUACUAGCUGAUCCAUGUCAAGCAGUUAUAAGCUCUUCAGUUUACCUGUUGAGGUCUUUCUAGACAAGGUUUGUGGGUUUUGACUAAAUGCAACUACAGUUGCCUAAGGUUAGAUAAUCCAACAGGAUUGUCAUAUGGUCUUUAAAAGUUGUUUUAUGUUAACUCACAGAUAAGUAGAAACCAAUUUCUCUAUAAAUGCAGCAGUGUCAGAGCAGAAAUACUUGCUGUACUUGAAGAGAGUCUGUCAUUAAAGCCAACCUGGAGUCUGAACACAGUA